UGACCUCAGUAGAAAUCAGAUCCAACAGAUCCACAAGGAAGCUUUCACCACUGUUGGAGCUAUUGUUAACCUAGACCUGAGUUUCAAUGAACUCACUUCAGUUCCAACCGAAGGAUUGAGUGGACUGAACCAGCUUAAACUUACAGGCAAUUCAGAGUUGAAAGCAGCUCUGGCAGCAAAGAACUUUGCAAAGCUCCGGUCACUCUCUGUCCCAUAUGCGUACCAGUGCUGUGCAUUUUGGGGUUGUGAUUCUUACUUAAAAUCUAACGCUGAAGAUUCCGGCCACCAAGAUCAAGGUGCCUUGCUGGAUCAUGAGAAGGGUAAGUCUGAUGCAGAUGUUCUAAGAAAUGAGGAAAAUGUGGAACUGGGACAGACUAUUAUUCACUGUAUACCAGCAACAGGUGCUUUUAAGCCUUGUGAAUAUCUAUUGGGCAGCUGGAUGAUUCGACUUACUGUUUGGUUCAUUUUUUUGGUUGCUUUAUUCUUCAACCUGCUUGUCAUGUUAACAGUAUUUGCAUCCUGUACUCCAUUGCCAUCUUCUAAACUGUUUAUAGGUCUGAUUUCUGUCUCUAACUUAUUUAUGGGAGUCUAUACUGGUAUUUUAACUUUCUUGGAUGCUGUCUCUUGGGGAAGAUUUGCUGAAUUUGGCAUAUGGUGGGAGACUGGCAGUGGUUGCAGAGCAGCUGGGUUUCUUGCCGUCUUUUCGUCAGAAAGUGCCAUUUUUUUCCUGAUGUUGGCAGCUGUUGAACGGAGCUUCUCUGCGAAGGAGAUCAUUAAAAAGGGGAAAAGCAAUCGCCAAAAACAAUUUCAGAUUGCAGCAGUUUUUGCUUUCCUGUGUGCUGUGGUAGCAGGAUGCUUACCACUUUUUUACAAAGCAGAGUACUCAGCAUCACCCCUUUGCUUGCCCUUCCCCACUGGAGAAACAGCUUCGUUAGGUUUCACUGUAACUUUAGUGCUCCUGAAUUCAUUAGCAUUUUUGCUAAUGGCUAUUAUCUACACUAAACUGUAUUGCAACUUGGAGAAAGAGGACCUCUCCGAAAACUCGCAGUCCAGCAUGAUUAAGCAUGUCGCUUGGCUUAUCUUCACGAACUGCAUCUUUUUCUGUCCUGUUGCAUUCUUCUCAUUUGCACCAUUGAUCACUGCGAUUUCUAUCAGCCCUGAAAUCAUGAAGUCUGUUACUUUGAUAUUUUUCCCGCUGCCUGCUUGCCUGAAUCCAGUCCUGUAUGUGUUCUUCAACCCGAAGUUCAAGGAAGACUGGAAGUUGCUCAGGCGCCACCUGACCAGGAAGAACGGAGCGGUGGCGAUUGCCGUCAAUGCUCAAGGGGGCUGCGUGGCGCAGGAUUUUUACUACGACUGUGGAGUCUACACGCACUUGCAGGGUAACAUUGCCGUGUGUGAAUGCUGCGAAUCGCUCCUGUUGUCCAAGCCCGUGCCCUGUAAACACUUGAUCAAAUCACACAGCUGCCCUGCUCUGGCCGUGGUGCCUUGCCAAAGGGCGGAUGGCUACUGGUCAGACUGUGGCACGCAGUCAGCCCACUCCGACUAUGCGGAUGAGGACGACUCCUUCGUGUCGGACAGCUCAGACCAAGUGCAGGCCUGUGGCCGUGCGUGCUUCUACCAAAGCCGAGGGUUCCCUUUGGUUCGUUAUGCCUACAACAUACCGAGAAUUAAAGACUGAAAGGGCCUUUUGCCAUCAGCUGUUCUAAUAAAGAUGUAUAAUCCUUC